GUGCAUAUGCUCGAAACAAUAGCAAGACUUGCUAUGGUGCGUAUAGCCACAAGAUCCAGAGAAUCUCAUGAACACCAAGGAAAAUGUACACCAUAUGUGCAGAGAGUUCUCGCUAAGGCUCUUGUUGAUAAGCCCUUUAAAGACGGAGCCAACAAAUGUGUUGUUAGAAGAAGCGUUAAAGGCUACUUUGACUCAAGAUUGAAUGGCCAAACUCAUCGUGUCCAUUUGGAGAAAAGAACUUGUUCGUGCAGAAAGUUCGACAUCACUGGAAUUCCAUGUAAGCAUGCAUAUGGUGUGAUGCUGAAGUUAAAGGUUGAUCCGUCAGACUAUGUUUGUGAGUGGUUUCGCACGGCUAAGUAGAGAAGAAACUACAUAGAUGGAAUUGUUCCAGUCCGGGGUUCUAUGUUUUGGCCCAAAACAGAUGCUCCUGAUGUACAUGCUCCACCUGUAGAGGAUGAACAAGGGGAAGAAACAGAGGGAGAACGAGGGAAAGAAACAGGGAAGAAGAAGAAGAAGCUCACCAAAGCGGAUAAGACAAGGAAAAGAGGUGUGAAUGAGUCACCAACCAAGAAGCUACCAAAAGCCAAGAAAAGGACUAUGCAUUGUGCCAUUUGUGGUAAGGCUAAUCACAACUCGAGGUGGCAUACAAAGCAGGGCAAGCAUGAUGAUUCGGUACCGGUAAGCACAUCUCAAACUGCAGGUGAAUCCUCACAAGGAACUCUCACUCAAGCUAGUGUUUCUCAAGCUUGAAUGAUUUGAUAUGUAAUGGCAUCUAUUAUCUUUUGUUUUGAACUUAAUUUUCGACAGCUAUGUAAUGACAUAUAUCUUUGGUUUUGAACUUAAUGG